AUGGUGAAGAACAACAUAGCAAAGUCCGAUGCACACAAUAGAAGGGAUGGGCUGACGAUGGACCAAGGCGGAAUGUUCGAUAAUUUUUUCGAAUGCAUGAAUGAGCAAAUGAACAGAAUUGACAGAUACCACGAGGACAUGAGCAGAAUGAUGAACUCACUGAGAACUCAUUAUUUUAAUGAUGAGCUUUCCAAAUAUUUCCCCAGCAGGAGAUCCCUCUUAGACUAUGAUUUAGGAAAUGCCAGAAGGAACGAUAUGUUUUUUGCCCAGCCCAAAAUGUUUUUAAUGGAAGAAUUCAAAAAAAUUCCACCAAUGGACGUCAUUGAUAAGGACAAAGAAAUUGAGAUAAAAAUAGACGUUCCUGGGUUGAACAAAGAUAACGUACAGAUUAAUUUAUAUAACAGAAAUUUGGAAGUUAGUGGGGGCUUCAAAAAAACAGAAGAGACGAGGGAUGAUAAACAGAGGUAUUAUCUCAAGGAGAGAUCACAGACGUCUUUUUAUAGGUCCUUUCUGCUCCCCGAAAAUGUGUGCGAGGACAAUAUUAAGGCCACCUUUAAGGAUGGGAUUUUAAAAAUUGACAUUCCGAAGAAGGCUGUGCUUCCCGAGAAAAAAAAGAAAAUCGAAAUUCAUUGA